GGGAACUCCGGCGCUGGCGUGCGGUUUGCUGAGGCUUGAGGAUGGCGUUUCGCGGCCGGAGACCCGAGCACGGCGGCCCUCCGGAGCUGUUUUACGACCAGAAUGAAGCCCGGAAAUACGUUCGCAACUCUCGGAUGAUUGCUGUCCAGAGCAAGAUGACCGAGCGAGCACUGGAGCUCCUUUGUUUGCCCGAGGGACAGCCCUGUUACCUGCUGGAUAUUGGCUGUGGUACUGGCCUGAGUGGAGAUUACCUUACGGAAGAGGGACACUUUUGGGUGGGAAUGGACAUCAGCCCUGCCAUGCUGGAUGCUGCCUUGGACCGAGAACCAGAGGGAGAUCUUCUUCUUGGGGACAUGGGCCAGGGUAUUCCUUUCAAACCUGGUUCCUUUGAUGGUUGUAUCAGCAUUUCUGCCGUGCAGUGGCUCUGUAAUGCUAACAAGAAGUCCGAUAUUCCUGCCAAGCGCCUGUAUUGCUUUUUUUCUUCUCUGUAUUCUGUGCUUGUCCGUGGGGCCCGGGCUGUCCUGCAGCUGUACCCAGAGAACUCGGAGCAGAGGGGCAGGGUGAAGGGGAAGAUCUGCAUCUCCAGCCUGACACCUGCCCUUCUGUCCACAGUUGGAGCUCAUCACAACCCAGGCCACCCGGGCUGGCUUCACGGGUUCUACCUCUGUCUGUUCUCUGGGCCUUCUGCCUCUCUGCCCAAGGGACUGGGUGAAAAUGAGAAUGGAGAAGAGGCCACAGAGUCCAAGUUCACCAAAGACAGGGCGCAGCACGGGCUGGCGCGGCGGGGCAUGGUGAAGAAGAGCAGAGAGUGGGUGCUAGAGAAAAAGGCGCGCCGACGGCGGCAGGGCAAGGAAGUCCGGCCUGAUACCCAGUACACCGGCCGCAAGCGCAGGCCUCGCUUCUGAGCGGCAAAUCUGCCCCCGCCACUGGCAACUUGGUGGUGCUUCAGAGGAGUUCUACAGUUCUAAGAAUAUUUUUUUCUAAAAAAGUUUCCAAGAGUUUGUUAUUUUACUCUAAAAUAAAAAGCAAAA